UUUUUUUUUUUUCAUCCUUUGUCGUCUUCUCAUUGCCUCUCCUCCCUUUCAAUAAUAAUUUAAUAAAAGAAAAAGGAAAAGAAAAAAUUAAUUGAAGGAGGAAGAAGAAUCAUCACCAUCGUCAGAGUUAACGAUUACCAAUCAAACCUCAACUUCUGCGUUACCCACCCAUUCGAAUCCAGGGAUCUGCUUCUGGUUGGAUAGCUUGAUUCUAAUGCAUGGUCAAAGGAGGACUAUUGGGUCCUUCCCAGCAAUUGAUAGUAUGAAGCAAGGGCCUGGUUCUAGUAGCACUGAUAUGAAUCGUCAGUCUUCCUUGAAUCAUGUGCAAAAUGCAGUAGAUUUCCGUUUGUCAGAUUAUAGAGGGUCUUCUGGUGAGACUGCAUGUUUACGUGGUACUGGUCCUAAUGCUCAGAGCUUCAGUGGCUGGAAUUCUGGUGAACCUAGUUCAAGACUGAAUCUGAUCAACCAAAUCAAUGAUGAAGGUCUGAAACCAGAACAUGGGCUUUCUUCUUCAUGUAGUGCUACUGCUGAGGAUGGUCCAAGACCUGAGGAAAGGCAAUUUGAACCGAAUAAUGGAAUUUUUCCUGUUAGUUCAAAUACUAAUUUACAUGGGAAUCACUCUAGAAUUCACCCUUCCCUUUUGCACGGUUCCAGCCCUAAUCAUAUAACCCAGAAUAUUAGUCUGGAUAUGGGGCACAUUGCUAGCACUGCUGAUCGUGGGAAGGGCAAAGAAGCUGGUAGUGGUGUUAAUAACAAUUCUAAUGGAUUAGAUAUAGAGAAGACAUCAUUUGGCAAUGCUUCAUAUAAUCAUUUAGGAACUCCAUCUGAAAGUUCUGGAUACAUGGCUUUGGGAGAUAGUGCCAGUUCAAGUUCUUCUUUAGUUAAUUGGGGUCCUUCCUGCAAGAGAAAAGCCCUUGAAGGUAGUUCGAGGCAACUGUGUACUGGAGGAAGCUCAAUCUCUCUUGUACAAUCUGAAAAUGGUUGCUGGCCUACUGCUCCUGUUGAUCUUAAUGCUUCUAGCAGUUUAAGUGAUUCAACACCUCUUGAGGAUAUUCCUGUUAAUAGUCCUCCAUUACAGCAGAAUACAAGAAAUGAAGUGAGACAAGAAGCUUCGAAUGCAUUUCCUUUGAUAAGUGUUGCGGAAAAUGUGGAAAGACCUCAGAGACAUUUUGAAAGGAGAAUAAUCCAACUACAGCAUCAGGAACUUGUACCUCUCAAUUUACCAUCAACAGGGAGUGCUAGGCAUCAUAAUCAUUCUUCUCUGCAUCAAAUACCUGGCUCUCACUCAUUUAAUGAUGCUUUGGAAUUGAGGUUAACAGCUGGAGUAACAGCUGCUAACUCUGGUGCUCCUCAGAACCAGUCACCUGCCCUACACAUGCAUCCUUUUCCUUGGAAUAGAGCUGCUAAUCCUAGAGGGGCCAGAUCUUCAAUUACCAUGGAAGAAUUUAAUUUAGGAAUCUUUCCGAGAGAUAGUACUGAGCACCCCAUGAAUGUGCCUGCAUCUUCAGGUCAUGAACUUACAGGUUGGCAUACAUCCUCUGGUGAUGUGAGCAAUUCUGGAGGUGUACCUACUACAUCCUGGAUUGGAUCCAGUUCAAAUGUCCACUCAUUACCUAAUCCCAGCUGGAGUUUUAACCAUGAAGUCCCAACAGAACAUCUUCAGAGAGUGUCAGAGUUCAGUCCUUGGUCCCUUUUCCCUUCAUUAAGCUCAGCAUCUGGUGUUCAUAAUGGCCAUUCUACCCAAUCUCCUUCUGGUCCUCCUUCAUUUACUCAGGGUUCUAGCAACAAUCAAUCAUAUCUAAGAAUGUUGAUGGAAAGAAGAGGUAGUGAUGUUUUCUCUUCUCCUCAUUCACUGCGAGCAUUAGCUGUUGACAAUGAGGGGAGACGCCGACUAAUAUCUGAGAUUCGCCAAGUCUUGACUGCAAUGCGGAGGGGUGAGAACUUACGAGCUGAGGAUUAUAUGGUCUUUGACCCUUUCCUAUAUCAUGGCAUGGCUGAAAUGCAUGACAGGCAUAGAGAAAUGCGCCUUGAUGUUGACAACAUGUCUUAUGAGGAAUUGUUGGCAUUGGAGGAACGUAUAGGAGACGUGAGCACUGGAUUGAGUGAGGAUAUCAUUAAUAAGUUGUUGAAACAGCAAAUUUAUGUGUCUGUCAUGGCAGAGUCUACUACAAAUCUGGAACCUUGCUGUAUCUGUCAGGAGGAAUAUGCUGAUGGAGAGAAUGUUGGUUCACUAGAUUGUGGGCAUGAGUUCCACAGUAACUGCAUCAAGCAGUGGCUAAUACAGAAGAACAUGUGCCCCAUUUGCAAAACAACGGCCUUAGCUACAUGAUGGGGAGAACCUCUUCUGUCAGUUUGAUAUUUAGCUGGCUCCUUGUAUAACUUGUUUUGCUUGAUGAACUUCCUCUUUCUUAAAGAGAACAGGACCUCUCAUCUGUCAGGAUUGGUGACAAAAACAUACCCAAAAAAAAGAAAAAAAGAAGAAGAGAACAACAAACAUUGGUGGGUGAACAAUAGUAGAGUUUCGUUUAUACUGUCGUAAUGGACAAUUUACAUGUCGUUUAUGAUGCUACAAGCACUUGAACUUUGUUAAAUUUCAUUACAUAUUAAAGACCGGUGGCUUCGGGAAGAUUAUUUCGAUUACC